AUGAGCGGUACACACCCCAACCCCAAAGACUCCAUGAAGUCCACCUGGCGCCGGCAGGACCGGUCCCAGUGGAGUAUCUCUCACUGGUUCUUCGAGAUCCUCGGCGUCCAUCCUACCGACCUCAAUAAACCCAUCCCCGUCCACCCCAAAACCGACAAAAUCCCCUACAUGGGCCAAUGGUCCCAACACCGCUGGGUCCUCUACCACGCCUUCAUACCCUUAGCCCUCCACCAAGCCUACGUCACCUAUACCGGGCAGAACCUCGGCCCCAUCGCCGCCGUCUUCUUCUACUCCUUCGCCUUCAAGCUCAUCGCCAUCCACGAGUUACACGUCAUGCGCCGCAUGGGCCACAUCAUCGGCUUCCUCGACGGCGAUCAACACGAACGAGACGGUGUGCCAGACGUUGGCGUCUCCAAAGUCGUUCGCUCCCUCAUGUCCACCUCCACCUUCCGCCCCAUCAUGACCGUCUUCCUCAGCUACCGCACCGCGCAGACCCCCGCAGGAAUGAGCUGGGCCUGGCUGCCCCUCGAAAUCGGUCUGUACGGAAUUAUCCUCGACUUCUGGUUCUACUGGUACCAUCGCUUGAUGCACGACGUGGGCAGUCUCUGGAAAUACCACCGCACGCAUCACCUCACCAAACACCCCAACCCUCUUUUGACCCUCUACGCCGACACCGAGCAAGAAAUCUUCGACAUCGCCGGCAUCCCCCUCCUCACAUACAUCAGCCUCCGCCUCAUGGGUCUCCCGAUGGGAUUCUACGAAUGGUGGAUCUGUCACCAAUAUGUCAUGUUCGCCGAGCUAGCAGGACACAGUGGACUCCGGAUGCAUGCUUCUCCGCCAUCGACACUGAACUGGUUAUUGAAGUUGUUCAGUGCGGAAUUGGUCGUCGAAGACCACGAUUUGCAUCAUCGGAAGGGGUGGAAGAAGAGUCAUAACUAUGGAAAGCAGACUCGUCUCUGGGAUCGGAUUUUCGGCACCUGUCGCGAGAGAAUUGAGAGUGUGCCGGAUAAUGUGGAUUAUGAAAAUCAGCUGGUGAUGCCUGUUUUUUAG